UAACUUCCUUGUCUGUCUUUAUUUUGUCACCGGGCAUAUAGCUAUCUGGAUUCAAUUAGGAUAGACUAGUUGUUUAUUCGACUUAAAUUUCAGCAACAGAAUGGAACUGAUAAAAUAAUGUAGAGACACCAAGUGGUAUUUUUUAUAGAAGAACAGGCCAUUGAAGGAAUAAGAAUGCAUACCAUCACCCUCUUGACUUUGACUAUACUCGCUGCUGUUAUAGAAAGCGAAACUGAAAUUGUCCGAAGAGGAAAGGCGUUGUCAAAAAUUGUUCCUAACAAAGGCAGCUUUUACAUUGCUGAUGGAAAUGAAGUGUACAAGUUGAAUACUAGAUUUGAUGAGGUGGAGAAAGCAAACAUAAAUGAACAUGGCAAUGACAAUACUAUAACAUUGAUUUUGGUUGAUGAGAAAAAUGAGAGUUUGAUAGUGUGUGGAAGUAUUUGUAAAUGUUUUGGUCUUGAUCAGUUUAAUAUGAAAUCUAUAUCUGAUGCAGUUGUAAUUAAUUUACAUGCUCAGCUAAGUGUGCAGGGAAUCGUAACAGAAAGCUUUUACGAACAUGAAAACCAUUCAAUUUUAACUGUUGCAGCUUCUUUGGCCAACAAUGAAAUCAAUUUGGAAAUAAUGAAACAAUAUGAUGUAUUGAACUCCUUUGAAAAGAAUACUGCAAGUACCGUUUUAUUGAAAGAGCAUAUAGAAAUAAACUACAAAGCUGUGGUUCAAAAUGAUGGGCACAUUUUCUUUUUUACAAACCAACAGGAAAGAAACUCUUUAUGGUAUAUAUCAAAAAUAGCGAAAGUUUGCAAAGACAAGUUGACCACGUUUGUUGAUUUGCCACUGCAAUGCAAUGCAAAUGAAUCAUACAAUCUAGUUCAAGAUGCUAUAUUGGUGGGACAAAAUAAUUCAAUAACACUAUUUGUAACUUUUGCCAAAGGAAAAAACCUAGAAGAAAUAGAAAGUGAUCAUGGCAUACUAUGUUCAGCUGAUUUUCAAGUUGUUGAACAAAACAUUACCGAAGAGCAAAAAAGAGUUAUGGAUUGCAAACACAACCAUACUGAUUCAUAUUUAAACAGGAAAUGUCUUAACAAUUCGUCAACUAAUUUUGAUGUUAUGGACUGUACAGCUGAUGUAAGAUUUUACUCAAAUGGAGAAAGUCAUAUUAAGCUUGACUUUGUUGAUAUGACGAAUGUGGCUGAAGGAUAUGUUACAACACUUUCUAAGACAAAGCUUGAAGGUUCUGAUGUCAUAUUAGCAGGAACAGCAAAUGGCUUUGUUUUGAAAUAUGUGCUCGAUGAAGAUAACAAGAUAUCAAAGUUUGAAUCAUUUCAAAUUGAGAAAGAUGUUCAGACACCAGUGAAAAGCAUUGUACAGAUUAAGGAGAACAUGACCUUUGCUUCAACUUCUUCAAAGGUAUUCAAGUUUUCAAGUACAGAUUGCUCUGAGUUCAGGACUUGUGAAGAAACAAUGGCAGGCAAAAACCCUCUUUGUGGAUGGUGUGUUUAUUCUCAGAGUGCCACCAGGAGAAAUGAUUGUUCAUACUGGGAAAGUCAAAACCACUGGUUGUCGGCACUGUCUAAAUGCCCAUCAUUAAAUUUGCAACCUUCAGGGAUUCCCGUUAACAUAAAUGAAACAGUGAUGUUAAAUGUGGACAAUCUUCCUGAACACUUGGCAACUGAUGCAUACUUCUGUAAAGUGGAAGAUGAUCCUGAAGCCUUAAUGCCUGUAACUGUAAAAGAGGGAAAACCAAUAAGUUGUACUAUUGUUGGCAGAGAGCAUAAAAUGGUUGCAGUAAGUCUAAUAGUGGAACACAAUUCAGUGAAAAUUCCAAUAGCCAAUGCAUCUUUCCUAUUUUACAUUUGCUCAACGUUUGAAAGGUGUGGUAAAUGUGUGGAAACCUUUGGUGCUAAUUGUACAUGGAACACAGAUAAUGGUACCUGUUCUUCGAGUGAGGCUGAUGAACCAAAUAGAGUUAACCAGGUCUCAGAUUGCCCGCAUCUUGAAAGAAUACACUCCAAAUAUAUUCCAAGUGGAGUUGAUACAAAUUUGACAUUGGAAAUUGGAAACCUGAAUAAAUUAAAAAUAGCUACAGAGUUUUCUAUUCAUGUGGAAUUCCAUUCGAAGACAUUUAAUUGUUCUGAUAUUACUAAUGGGUCCAGCGAGUGUACUGUUAAUCGGAUGACAAGCAUGAAAAAGGAAACCUUGACUCUUGAAGUAUUUUAUAAAUUGAAUUCCAAAGGUCCCGGAGUUUAUCUAGACAAUCCAAACCAAAUUGAUGUAAUUGUGUACAACUGCUCCAUUCUUUCCCAAGGGAAAUGCAACUUUUGUAAUGCACUUAAGUCCGAAUAUAUAUGCCAUUGGCCUUUAAACUCUGGUGAUUGUAAGCACGGUCAAAAGGUGGGUGAAGGGUAUACAUGUCCUAUGCCAGAAAUAACUAAGAUUUUGCCUAGGGAUGGGUAUACCGGAGAAGGAACAAUAAUCACUGUGUAUGGAAAUGAGUUUGGAACAGAAAAUGAUACAAUUGUAUACGGAGAUACCUCUGUUAAUCCAGUUGUUGUUAAUAAAAGGUGUAUUUCGGUAAUUGAAAGCAACUACAGAGAUAGUACGGACGCUGAAGACUUUAAUCCAGGAAUUCGAGAAAGCUUUCAGUGUACACUAGGUCGGUAUAGGUAUGAUAAGCAAAAUAAAACUGGAUUUUCCAUUUAUGAUGUCAUGUACAAAUCUGAAGAACCAACGGUUUUGUUGCCCAUAUGGAAAGGGGAGGAUGAUGUGUAUGUGCAAUCAAUGGAACCCAAAAAAGGUCCGGCAAUCGGGGGAACAGUUAUUUCAUUAUUUGGAAAGAAUCUUGGUAUUGGUAAUCGAGUUGUUCAGAAUGUAAAGUUCCUGUCUCGAGAGGAUGUGCUUCCAACAAGUACCUGUAAACAUUCAAAAGUUCAAUCAGAACAUUUGGCUAUGACAGUUUUUGAAAACUUUUACGUCACAUGCGAAGUAAGUAUUGAUGUCGACAGAGAACCAGGAACAAAUAUGACAUUUGAGGAACUGGAAAUUCCAGUAGAACAGCAGAUAAAGGGAAAACAUGUACUUUCGGAUCUGAUUUUCAAAUUUUUACCAAACCCUGAAAUUAGAAGCAUUCAUCCAACAAAGGGUUUCUUGAGUGGUGGUACAAUAUUAACAGUCAAGGGACAACAUCUGAACAGUUCGAAUGUUGGUACUGUAUCCAUAAGUAACGAAAAAGAGACACAGGAAAACUGCAUAAUAGAUCCCAAUUCGGCCGACCAAGUUCUCUGUAAAGUACCAAAUGCCACAGUUGGUGUGAGGAAUGCAUUAGAAAGUAACACUCCCUCCAAUAGCCAAAGGAAGAAAAGGUCAUCACACUGCGAUGGAUGUGUAACAGUUGAUAUUCUUGUAAAACUGGACGGUGUUGAAUCGCAUUUUACCAUUUCAUAUUAUCAUGAUCCUUCCAUCAACAAAUUUGAUGAAAAUGUUCUGCUUUACCAAACAGAUCAACAGUAUUUGGAAAUAAAGGGCGAAAAUCUUAACCUUGUUGCGGAGAUGCAUGACAUCAACGUUACGAUUGGAUUAGGUGAAUGUAAUGUUGUGGAGCUCACAGGCACUUAUAUGCGAUGCAAGGCCCCAAGUUCUCAACCACAGCCAGGGAUACCAGGAGCUACUUUGCCCGAAGUCAAUGUGACAAUAGGAAACAUACAAAGAACUGUUGGAUACAUUGAGUAUCAAAAGAAGUUCGAGAACGUCCUUAUCAUAGCCGGAGCAGCAGCUGGAACUGCACUGUUUCUUCUUGUUUUGGUGGUAGCGUUCUUUGUCUGCAAGUAUCGGAAGGUGGGAUCCAAAGCGAAAGCCCUGGAGAAACAACUAAACGACCUUGAAUUGGAAAUCAAACAUGUUGCAAAAGAAGAGUUCCUUGACAUGCAGACCUCCAUGUCGACAGUUAACCGUAACCUUAUAGAGCAAGGAUUCCCCUACCACUCCUAUCAACAGUACGCGUGUAAUGCCAUGUUCGCUACCGACUAUCUGAUGUCAGAUCCUGUAGUAAGUAGUUACAAGAUGUCUGAUGAACUGCGGGCUCGAGCAAGGACGGGAAUGGAACGUUUCCAAGGUCUACUUGAGAACAAGUUCUUCCUCGUUUCCCUAAUAACGACCAUGGAGAAACAGAAACACUUCUUUAUCAAGGAAAAAUCCAAUUUUGCUGGCAAUCUAUGCGCCAUCAUGAUGGGACGUAUGGACUACAUGCAUGAAGUGUUACAAGUUCUGAUCACCCAAUUGGUUGAGGACCCUUCUUCCAAGAGAGGCGUGAAAUCAUUGUUCAGAAGGAGUGAGAGUAUCACGGAGAAGCUUUUGAGCAACUGGCUGUCCCUCUGUUUGUACCCUCACCUAAAGGAUCACACCGGUUCACUUCUGUACCUGUUGUACAUCGCCACGAGGAAAACGAUGGAGGCUGGCCCUAUCGAUGCUUUAACCAAUGAUGCAAAGUACACACUUUCGGAGGAGAAACUGCUCCGGAAAUAUCAAGGCUCGGCAACAGACGAGGAAACGACGGAUGUGAAGUUUGAGGCUAAAGCAUUGACAUUGAACGUAGUGGUCGACAAUGGAGAGGAAAUCUACCCAUGUAAAGCUCUCGACUGCGACACAGUUAACCAGGUGAAAGCCAAGUGUCUCGACCAGAUCUAUGUCAACUACCCGGCCUCGCAACUUCCCGUAGAUCCCACUGAGCUUCUUCUUGAGUGGCAUGCCGGAUUCAGUGGACGUAUGAUACUUCGUGAUAAAGACAACACGUCCAAGCGUGAUGGUGAAUGGAUUCGUGUUAACACACUGGCGCACUACGCAGUGGCCGACCAAAGUAACAUGGCCCUCGUAGAUCCACGGAAUGCUGAGCUCAGUCAGCAGGAGGAUUAUGUGAACUUGGCACAGAUUGACCCUUGCUUCGAUGUCAACAGUAUGGGGUCAGACCAACCGUUGACGGCCGAGUGUUCCACUUCGCAUGACGAAGAAAACCCGAUGGAACUGAAACAGUGGCACUUGUUAAAGGAUGAUGAUGCAAACAAGAAGGAGAAAUCUGCCAUUGAUGAGCUGUACUUGAACAGGCUUAUCACAACCAAGUUGUCACUUGUGAAGUACAUAGAUGACUUGUUCAGCCUGGUAUUGGAGAGCAGCAAGUGUCCUCCGCCCGUCAAGUUCCUCUAUGAUUUCCUGGAUGAUCUUGCAGAAAAACAAAAAAUAGAUCCCGACACACUCCAUGCCUGGAAAAGCCAUAGCUACUCCAUUCGCAUCUGGGCCAUGCUUAUCAAGACACCGUCAAUUCUGUUCGAUAUCAAUGCCCCGUCCUAUGUUUCGGAGAGUCUGGAUGUGAUCAGUCAAGUCUUCAUUGAGAGCUUCAGUCGCACGGAACAGGCCGUGUCAAAGGAAUCGCCAACUCAGAAGCUUAUUUUCCGAAAUGAGCUGACGAAGUUCAGAACACAUGUUCAGGAGUUCUACAAAAAUGUCAAAGAGAACGUGCAGAAACCCGAUGAGCUAGGACAAUACCUGACAAGUAUUAACAGAAACCAACAGGAAACUACUUUCAACAAGAACGCAGCACUUUACAGAUUAUACGAGCAGAUCAAGCCAUAUACAGACGAGAUUCUAGACGACCUGUCAAUCUGCCAAGAGACCAGAUGUCUGCAGUUGAACAAGAAGUUAGAUGACAUAUUCUCUAUGAUGGAAGAAUAGAAAGGGAGUUUUUCGGAAUAGGGCAGUUUUGAACAAAACAAAGAUAUUUGAUAUUAGUGAUUUCAGUUUAAAGGUGUUUGCACAAAUAGUUGGUUCAUUCAGUAAACAAGACAGCAUUCCUUUCAUGAUAAUUGUUACAUGCAUUUAUUGAAUUAUACAAACAGAACGACCUUAAAGGCUAUCAUAAUUUUAUCUUCAUGACAUUAAAGAUGUAUAUACGUAUAGUUUGUGUAAAGUGAAGUUGUUUUUAUUACCCAUAAUGUACAUUGAAACGAAGUAUUAUACAACAAUUAUGUUACACGUAAAUAUUUCUAUGUAUAUGCAUGUUGAUAUAUUCAGUAUAUUGAGUUUUGUUUUAUAUGUAAUCAGAUUAUUGAUAAUAUGGAUUUAUAUAUAGAUUUAUUGCAUUUUGGAAGUAUAUACAUAAACAGUUUUUGUAUGAUAUCACGCAUAUUUAAUUAUAAAUUGUGUUAUUCACAUUUGUGUGUUUUUCAAAAGUGCUAGUAUAAAGGUAUAUUUGAUCAUCAAGCUUUAUGUAUAAGCAACGCUCAAUGUAUUCUCAAUUUUCUCUAUUUUUAUACUAUCAUUUGUGAUUGAUUUUGUAAUGAUAACUGUGUGAUAUAUAAAUAAUAUUAUAUAGUUUAUUGCUCAUUUUUAUAAUAAAAGUGCCUUUGUCAA